AUGACUAGUAAUAUUACAGAUAAUUUACCAUCAGAUUUUACAGUUGGUUAUUAUUUAUCGAAAUCAAAAGUAGAAAGAUUAAAAUGGAAUUCGUUUGUAGAUAUGUGCAAAGAGAAAUAUAACAUUAAUUGUGUUCCACUCGAUUUAGAAAAAGAUGUUAGUUCAUAUGAUAAACAACCAUUUCAUGUAUUUAUUAAUAAAUUAACUGAUGAAUUAGGUGAUCUUGAAAAUAUUAAAAACAAAACCAAAAUAGAUAAAAUUCAAGAAUUAAUGAAAAGAUUUAAAACAAUUGUUCAAGUUGAUUCAAUAGAAUUUCAAAAAUCAGUUUUAGGUAGAGAUGUAUUAAGCAUAUUAUUGGACAAGCUAAAUGAUUCUAAAGAAGGAGGUGAUUUUGUAAAGAAUCCAAACUUUGUUCUAAUCGAUGAACAAAGUCAAAUUAAAGAUUAUAGCGAAUUAUUGCAAAAGAGCGAUAUUACAUUCCCAUGUGUAUGCAAACCAAUAAAAGCAUGUGGAUCAGAAGAAUCUCACUUUAUGGGUAUUGUUUUUAGAGAAUCUGACCUUCAUCAAUUUAAACUCCCAAUGUUGAUCCAACAAUUUAUCAAUCAUGAUGGCAUCAUAUAUAAAGUAUUUGCCAUUGGCGAUUACAUUCACGUUGUGCAUAAAAAAUCAAUUAGAAAUAUGAACCAAAACGAAACUGAAUUGAUAAAAUUUGAUAGUCAAAAACCUUUCCCAUCAACUCUAUUACCAACUGAAGAUAUCGAAUCUAAAGUUCAAACACCAAAUAAAGAAACAUUAAAAAUUGUAGCACAAAACAUUACAAAAGCUUUAGGACUUACAUUGUUUGGUUUUGAUGUUAUCAUUGAUUCCGAAACCAAAAAGCUAGCAGUUGUCGAUAUUAAUUAUUUUCCAACAUAUGGUGGUGUUCAAGAUUUUUAUAAAUUAUUACUCGAACAUUCAAUUAAUUUAUAUAAACAAAAAAUAAAUAUAUAA